AUGAACUUUGUACAGGCUACAUUCGAAUAGUAAACGCCAUGUGCUGGUGAAAACAGGAUCUAGGACAAUGCAAGCAAAUAGAGGUAGAGGUAGAGGAUCUCGAUCUCGUAAGCGGUUCACUGGUCGUGGCUCGUGGCGUACACCUGCCCAGCAGUAUGACGAGGAGCCGUUGGUAUGGUUACCGCCUGCCGGAGUCCCCACACCCACACCACUCACACAACACACUAAAGCCCCGGGGGGAGGAUCUCGUAGGAAGGAAGAGUAUCAUUUCACCGAGCUUGGUGCUCAGUUCUGGGGCCAGGGUCAAGAGACGUUGUUCAAAGCGGAGAUGAUUACAAGUGUGUACAGCACUCUCAAGAAAACAAAGUUUGCAGUGCGUGCUGUGAUGGGACUCGAGUUCAGUCAGUACCUGGAGAACUACCUCUGGCCUCACUUCACUGCAGAGAGGUGCACUCCUGCAUACCUGAUGUCAGUGGUGCUGAUGGUGAACGAGAAGUGGCGAGAACGUGUCCCUCCUUGGAUGGCCUUCACUGCCCACCCCCUACACUUCCAGGGAUUCUUUCAGGAGCUCCUAAUCGCUCUCACCCUCGAGAGCAAGGAGACCCCAUACUCUGUUAAGGAGAGGUGCCUGAUGGUCCAGUUCCUCAUACACUGCUGCAACAGUUUGGAGAUAGAUGUAGUUCGUGAGCAGGUGCAGCGUCUGGUCUCCCUGGGGAUCUGGGAGCACCUUCCCUCCACACUAGUCGACGAGGCUCUCAAACAAACACCAAAACUAAAGAAAUACUGGACCGUCCUACACAAAAGAGAUAAGCAAGCCAACGCUCAAACUAGGGAGAGAACGCAGACUGAGCGUGUUUUCCUGUGGAAGCUCAUUCACAGCUACUUCCAAGUGUUGGACAGUACUCCCGCAGAAGGUGCUCUGGAUGAAGACAGUGUUAGUUUCUGUGAGCGUUGCCUGGAGCUACUCAUUGACCUAGAGGCACAGCUGCCCACACGACGGUUCUUCAACACCCUCCUGGCCAGCUCACAUCUCGUGGUCCGCUCGUCUCUGUCUGUGCUUCAUCGCCGUGACCCCGAGGGACAGCUGUUCAAACAACUUCUCACUCGUCUCAGACUCUACACAGGGUUUGAGAUUGAUGACCAGACAGGAGGUGCUCUCACUGAUCACCAGAUGACUGACCAGCACUACAGCAGGAUCACCUCUCUACAGCGGGCUGCCUUCAAGUUGUUCCCAGCCCUCAGGGCUUUUGCUCUGGGAAAUGUGGCCAGCGUGGACUCUCGGAAAGCGCUGAGUCAGCACUUCUCUACUGUCGAUGAGGCUACUCUCCAAGAGAUAGCAGAGUACUUGAACCUUGCCCCUCCUGUGAACCCUGACCCCCGGUUGCUACGGGAGAUCCUGGUUUCAUACCAUGAGCGUCGUCCAUCACAACUGGAGGCCAUUAACGACCUCCCCCUCUACCCCACUGAGGAGAUACUCUGGGAUGAGACUAUAGUGCCAUCAGAAUUCUAUGAUGGAGACACCUGCCUUGCUCUGCCUAAACUCAACCUCCAAUUCCUCACCCUCCAUGACUACCUGCUCAGAAACUUUGAGCUCUUUAGACUUGAGUCAACCUAUGAGAUUCGUGAGGACCUGGAGGAUGUGGUGACUCGUCUCAAGCCGUGGGUAACACCCGAGGGGGACACACAGUUUGCAGGCUGGGCAAGGAUGGCCCUACACAUUGGUUCCUUCUCCGUGGUGGAGGUGGGUCAGCCGAAGGUGGGAGAGAAUAGACCAUCUCGUGUUCGUGCCGAUAUCACUGUGGAUCUUAACGUGGCGGAUAGGGUCAAGAAUGAGUGGGAAAGUCUUCGUAAACAUGACGUGUGUUUUCUGCUGACUGUGCGAGCCAAGAUGAGUAUAGACGAAGGCUUCGAUGCAUCGGCACCGUUUGUGUCUCAAGUUGGUCUGGAGUACGUGCGAGGCUGUGAGAUGGAGGGCAUGCUGGACGAAGCUGGGAAGGUGAUAGAGGAGGGUCCUGAGCCCCGCCCACGGCUUGAGGGCAAGAAGCGAGUGUAUCGAGUGUGGUUGGACACGAACCAGUAUCAGAGUGAUAUGGGGCGGCUGGUUGAGGGGGCGGAGGAUGUGUACGAGACAUUCAACGUGUUUGUGAGGAGGAAGCCAAAGGAGAACAACUUCAAGGCUGUUCUAGAGACAAUUCGUGACCUGAUGAACACCAACUGUCUCGUGCCAGACUGGAUUCAUGACACCUUCCUUGGUUACGGUGAUCCUGCCUCCGCUAACUACACCAAUCUGACCAAUCAGGUUACAGAGCUCAACUUCAAUGACACUUUUCUCUCAGUGCAACAUGUCAAAGAUUCUUUCCCUAGCAUGAGCGUUGAGGUUGUUGGCGAGGAGGCCCCUGUCCCUCCUUUCAUACUUGAGUUUCCAACACCUGUGGUGAAGGUUGGCAAGAAGCGUUCUCGUGCUGCUAAGAGUGCUGAGUCAUCAGUUAUCCAAGUGAAACCUUAUACGAUUCCAAACAGAGGACCUUAUCCCUACAACGUGCCCAAGAAGAACACAGUGCCGUUCACGCCCACUCAAGUGGAGGCUAUCCGCAGCGGUAUGCAGCCUGGCCUCACGAUGGUGGUGGGUCCACCGGGUACUGGCAAAACAGACGUUGCUGUGCAGAUUAUCUCUAACCUGUAUCACAACUUCCCCGACCAGAGGACACUGCUAGUCACCCACUCUAACCAAGCUCUCAAUCAGCUGUUUGAGAAGAUCAUGUGUCUAGACAUUGACGAGCGUCACUUGCUGCGUCUGGGUCACGGUGAAGAGUCGUUGGCCACUGACAAGGACUUCAGUCGCUACGGCCGUGUCAACUUCAUCCUUGCCCUGAGGCUAGACCUGCUUCGUGAGGUGGAGAGACUACAGAACAGUCUAGGAGUGAGUGGUGACGUGGCGUACACGUGCGAGACAGCUGGCCACUUCUUCCUCUAUCAAGUGUUAGCACGCUGGGAGAAGUACACAACCAAACUCAAGCCACUCACAGAGAAAGAAGAGGGUGUGGCUGCCAUUGCUGGGGAAUUCCCCUUCACCAAGUACUUCUCCAAUGCUCCUCAGCCGUUGUUCAAUGGGCGGAGCUUUGCCGAGGAUUGGGACAUCGCAGAGGGUUGCUUCCGACAUAUCAAGAAGAUCUUUAAGCAACUUGAGGAGUUUCGAGCGUUUGAGUUGCUUCGCUCUGGACGAGACAGAAUCAACUACCUCCUCGUGAGAGAAGCCAAGAUAAUCGCCAUGACGUGCACCCAUGCAGCCCUCAAGAGGAAGGACCUAGUGGACCUGGCCUUCAAGUAUGACAACGUGCUGAUGGAGGAGUCUGCUCAGAUACUGGAGGUGGAGACGUUUGUUCCUCUCAUGCUACAGAACCCUCAGGACGGCUACAGUCGCCUCAAGAGAGUCAUACUCAUUGGAGACCAUCACCAGCUGCCUCCUGUUAUCAAGAACAUGGCCUUCCAGAAGUUCUCUAAUAUGGAGCAGAGUUUGUUUGCCCGGUUUGUGCGAUUGGGUGUACCUACGAUCCAACUAGACGCUCAGGGGAGAGCCCGCCCGUCCCUCUGCUCCCUCUACCAAUGGCGCUAUGCUCAGCUGGACAACCUUCCUCAUGUCCUUGCAUCUCCCGAGUACCAGGUUGCUAACCCAGGGUUCAGGUUCGACUACCAGCUGAUUGAUGUGGGAGACUUCAAUGGAGUCGGAGAGUCUGCACCGACCCCUCACUUUUAUCAGAAUCUUGCCGAGGCUGAGUAUGUCGUGUCCCUGUUUAUGUACAUGCGGUUGCUAGGCUACCCUCCGCACAAGAUCACCAUUCUCACCACUUACAAUGGACAGAAGCACUUGAUACGCGACGUCCUGGCCAAGCGUUGUGCUAGCAACCCCGUGUUUGGUAUGCCCGACAAGGUAACCACAGUGGAUCGCUACCAAGGUCAACAGAACGACUACAUCAUCUUAUCCCUAGUGCGUACCAAACACGUGGGUCACCUGAGAGAUGUGAGGCGUCUGGUGGUGGCUAUGUCCAGAGCUCGGCUCGGCCUCUACGUGUUUGCCAGAGUGGGGCUCUUCAAUACUUGCACUGAGUUACAACCUGCUUUCAGACUGCUGCUCAAUCGGCCCACUCAGCUUCACCUGAUGCCCUCAGAGACAUGCCCAACAGAGAGGAGGGCAGAGGAGCAUGUCGAUAUGUCUCAAGUGUUUGUGGUGGCAGAGAUGCAACAGAUGGCCCACUUUGUGUACCAGGACUACAGCAUGAGACUGGAAGCCCUCAGGCAGCAAAACCAACAGAGAGAAGCUGAGGAAUUGGAGGAACGUUUGAUUAAGGAAGCUGCUGACAAGGCAAAUGCAGAGUCUGUCUCAGAGGACACGGCUAAAGAUGGUGCCACGCCCACACCUGUGGAGGAUGAUGGUAGUGUCACGCCCACACAGGAUAUGACUAUUGAUGCCACGCCUACUGUUGUUGAUAACACAUCCCCAGCACCUGGUGCUAUGGAGGAUGAGGGUAGUGCCACGCCCACACAGGAUGUGGAUGCAAGUAUUACCACACCCACACAGGAUGCUUCUACUGACGAUACUACCACCACUCAGGAUAUGACUGAUGAUGCCACGCCCACCAGUACUGAUGACACACCCACUCAAGAGUCUACCAGUGACACACCCAUCACUGUCACUGCAGUGGACACACCCACCCCUGAUGAGGCUAGUGAAGACACACCCACUCAAGAGGAGAAUCAUAUGGACAUAGACUGAUUAUUGUGAAUAGACAAUUAUUUCUACACACGCCAUUAUACAUUAUUGAUUGCUAUAUCAUCCUAAGUAUUUACACAUUAAAGGUCAUUACACAAAUUGAA